GUCAGUUAAAAAGAGUUUCAUUUAGUGGUAUUGAUAAAACAAUUUUCAAUGAUAGUUCCAAAAAAUUUGUAUUUCGGUAAUGGAACCCGUCGGUUACCUUAAUCUCAACCAUCUCAAGUGUAAACCGGGCGAAACCGAUUUAAUUUACAAGAGAAGAUUCGAGCUCUGGGCGUUUGCGUCACAACACCGCGACAUCUACAUAUCUGGAGCGAGGGUUUGGAUACCACACGCUUCUAAAGUAUGGGAGGGUGCGAAGGUUGUAGAAAAUUUUAUACAGGGCAAGCUAAUUAUAGUAACUGAUGAUGGAGAGACGAAGGAGCUUAAAAUCCCGACUGAUGAAGAUCUACCACCGUUAAGGAACCCUGAGAUUCUGAUCGGAGAGAAUGACCUUACGUCGCUUUCGUAUCUCCACGAGCCGGCAGUUCUUUACAAUUUGCAAGUCAGGUUCUGUCGGCAAAAUGCAAUUUACACCUAUUGCGGUAUUGUGCUCGUUGCCAUCAACCCGUAUUGCGAAAUUUCAAUAUACGACUCGGACACAAUAUGGGCAUAUCGGGGUCAAGCCAUGGGCGACCUCGACCCCCAUAUUUUUGCUGUUGCAGAAGAAGCCUAUACUAAGUUAGAAAGAGAACAAAAAAACCAAAGUAUAAUUGUAUCGGGGGAAUCAGGAGCUGGAAAGACGGUGUCGGCAAAGUAUGUUAUGAGGUAUUUUGCGACUGUCGGAGGAUCGGCUACUGAGACUCAGGUCGAGCGAAAAGUUUUAGCCUCGAGUCCCAUCAUGGAAGCUAUUGGAAAUGCGAAAACAACUCGUAACGACAACAGCUCAAGGUUUGGAAAGUUCAUCGAACUACAGUUUGACAAGAAUUAUACGAUAGUCGGGGCGAAAAUGAGUACGUAUCUCCUUGAAAAAUCCAGAGUCAUUGUCCAAGCUUCGGAAGAGAGGAACUACCAUAUAUUUUAUCAGAUCUGCUCUGCUAAAGAAGAACUGAAACAUUUAAGCCUAGAUGACGCUCAUACAUACAAUUAUCUGUGUGAUUCUAACAAUAAAAUCCAAGGUGUCAAUGACAAAACACAAUACAUCGAGACCAUCGGUGCAUUUCGAACUCUAGACUUCAGUAAAGAAUAUAUCGACAACAUCUUCCUCAUUUUAGCCUCGAUACUUCACCUCGGCAAUAUAAAAAUUAUGGAAAGUGGUGGCGGGGAUGCUGAAAGUUGCACCAUAUCCGCAAAUGAUAAACAUUUGCAUAUGUUUACGACCCUUUUGGACAUCAAUGCAAAAGAACUGAAUCAGUGCUUGUGUCAUAGGAGAAUCGUGAGCACUAGAGAGGCGUUCAAUAAACCCAUGACGGUACAUCAGGCCGUAGGAGCAAGAGAUGCCCUGGCGAAGCAUAUAUACGCCUGUCUUUUUGCGUGGAUUGUAAAACAGAUGAACAGAGCCCUCAUCACUUCGCAGAAGGCGAAGCAUAGGUUCAUCGGGGUUCUGGACAUCUACGGUUUUGAGACUUUCGAGACGAACAGUUUUGAACAAUUCUGUAUAAAUUACGCCAACGAGAAACUCCAGCAGCAGUUUAAUAUGCACGUUUUUAAACUCGAACAAGAAGAAUAUUACAAAGAAGAAAUUCAAUGGACGUUCAUAGAUUUUUAUGACAACCAACCCUGCAUCGAUUUGAUCGAGUCCAAAUUGGGCAUCUUAGAUCUUUUAGACGAAGAGUGCCGAAUGCCAAAAGGUACGGACAACUCGUGGGCAGAGAAACUGUUUGCAAAAUGCAGCAAAUGGAAUCACUUUGCCAAGCCAAGAUUUGGUGCGAAUUCUUUUAUUUUGAAACACUUUGCGGACAAAGUUGAAUAUGAAGUCUUGGGAUUUUUAGAAAAAAAUCGAGAUACUGUUAUAGAGGAACAGAUCAGUGUUUUAAAAUCUAGUUCUAAUGACUUAAUUCACAAGCUUUUAAAUAAUGAUGAAAACUCAAACGGUGACAAACUCGCCGUUCCGAAGCCCAAAGUCAGGGUCAGCAUAGAGCAGAAGUCACAGACGUCUCAUGCCGUGGCUGCUAAAAAUAAGAAAACGGUUGGCUCGCAGUUCAGAGACUCUUUGAAAGAGUUGAUGGACACCUUGAAUUCAACGACACCGCAUUAUAUACGUUGUAUAAAGCCCAAUGAUGAAAAGGAAGCUUUCAAGUACAAUCCGAGUCGUGCCGUCCAGCAACUCAGGGCUUGCGGUGUAUUGGAGACCAUCCGAAUAAGCGCUGCAGGCUUUCCAUCAAGGUGGCUUUAUACUGAUUUCCUUAAUCGAUAUCGCCCUCUUUGUGCAUCAAAAAUGGUCAACAGACAAAAUCCGAGAGAGACUUGUGAAAAAAUGCUCACUCAGAUCAUUCAGGGCCAGGAUAAAUGUAAAUUCGGGCGCACGAAAAUAUUCUUCCGUGCAGGACAGGUGGCUUACAUGGAAAGGUUAAGAUCUGAGAAGUUGCUCCAGUCUUGUGUCAAGAUUCAAAAGGUCGUGCGAGGCUACCUUGUGAGAAGGCGUUACUCCAGAAUGGUGAACGGAACCUUGACGAUACAGAGGUUCUUCCGAGGAUAUCUGGCAAGAAGGAGAGUCGAGAGAAUGAGAAAGAACAAGGCAGCUAUUGUCAUUCAAAAGUGGGUCAGGAGAUGGGUCAAACAGACCCAGUACGAGAGGACGAGGAAGGUCAUCCUUGGUAUUCAAACAUACGGAAGAGGUUACUUGGGUAGGAAGAAGUACAACCACAUGAGACAAACAAAAGCGGCCAUUAAAAUCCAGUCUGCAGUACGAGGGUGGCUGCAAAGAAAGAAAUAUCAGAAGUCGAGAGCAAGGGUUAUUAUUGCUCAGUCUGCUAUUAGAAGGUUCCUAGCACGAAGAAGGUUUAAAAAGAUGAAGAGGGAGGCAAAAUCGGCACAGCACCUCAUGAAACUGAACAAAGGGCUCGAAAACAAGAUUAUUUCCCUUCAGCAGAAGAUAGGAGAAAUGACAAAGGAGCUGAACAUGCAGAAAACAAUGGCACAAGAAGCUACAGCGCUAAAGUCUCGGUUAAGCACGAUGCAGGGAAUUGAAGGGCAGCUUAAGCUUACCAAAAGCCAGCUUGUAGAGAAAGACAAAGAAAUCGUCGACCUCACUAAUCUCCUCAAAGCUCAAAUCUCAGAAAAUGACAAAACUCUGGAACAAUGGAAAAAGAAAGAGUCAGUACUUACUCAAGACAAUAAUAAACUGAAAUCGGAGCUUUUGAAAAUGAAAGACAGCCUUAAAACAGCCGUGUCAGAAAAGGAAGCUGAGGUAAAGAGUCUUAUGCAAGAAGAACGUAAACAGAUAGUGGACGAGCUUAGCCAAGAGCGCCUUGCUCAUCAGAAGCUGCUUGCUGAAAAGGAGCUUUUUGAAUCGAGGAUUGAAACUCUUGAAAAAUCUCUGGGAAAAGCUCACAAGAGGUCAUCUUCCGACGCUAGCACUGUCUCAAUACAGGAGGAUGUUGGAUACGCAUCAGUUAGAUCGAAUAUAAGCUCUGGGCGAGAAGAAACACCUACGCCGGAGAAUCAUUUUGACACUACGUUAAUGCUCCAACUUCAGCGUAAAGUCGUAUCUUUAGAACAUGAAAAUCGUUACCUUCACUCCAAGAUGGAGAACGAGAAGAGGAACAAUUACGGUAACGGGGUGAAGGGCGCUUUUAUGAAUGAAGAACUGGAAAUGGAAAAUGCUAGAUUGAGAGCCGAUCUUUUGGAAUUGAGAGAAGCUGUUAAGAACGAUGCAAUGAGCAAAACGGGAGGAAAUAAAGCAUUGCAGCAGAUUGCCAAGAAAGCAGAAUGGUGGGAAGAGGAGGCAAAGAGGGCAAGGCAGGAAGCGGCAACUUUACGAGAAACACUCGGAAGCAGGACUUUCAGCACUUCAAGUCUUACUAGAAGCUCCUAUCCUACAUCCGACAUCGAUCCGUCAGUCAUAAACGAAGAUGGCGAGCUUGUGCUCGCUUUCGAAGCUCAGAAGAAGACCUUAAGGCAAAUCGAAAACGAGUUGCAAGAGAAGACGACAAGAUGGGAGAUCGAAAGAGAAGAAUUGAUCAAUGAGCUGGUACGCCUCAGAUCGGAGAACGAACGGCAGAAUGCGAUGUUGGUAAACAGCGUAGGAUCGCUUGCUUCUAUGUCAGAAAUGUACCUUCAAUCUGAGCUGACACGUUUAACCGCUGAAAACUUGGAAUUGAACAAUAAGUACGACAAAAAGUCCGCUGAUUAUAGAAAGCUGCAAGAACAGUUCAACGAACUACUGAACAAACUGAAAGAAGUUGGAGUGCCUGAUGUAGAAAAGACGGUCGCAAAAUUGAACAGGCUUGAAUCACAGUCUAGCCUGCCAGUCGUGAUAAAAAAGGAGCGCGAAUUCAUGGGAAUGUUCGAGUGCAAGUUCGACGACAUCUAUCCCUUGAUCAAACAGCUCUUGGAGCUGAAGCCCAAAGUUGCUGUCACGCUUUUGCCGGGGCUGCCAGCUUACAUCAUCUUCAUGGUGGUUAGGUACACCGAUUACAUAAACAACGAGUUAAUGCUCCAAACAUUAAUCCUUGGCUAUCAAAUGCAUGUAAAAACUUUCAUCGCCAAGAAGUCCAAAGAUGUCGAUACUGCAGUGCUUUGGUUGGCAAAUACUUUGCGCUUAGUACAUAAUUUAAAACAAUACAGUGGCGAGCAGCACUUCGGUAAAGACAACACACCAACCCAGCAAGAGCAGUGUCUGAAAAACUUCGACCUCCUUGAAUUCAGGCAGGUCUUGUGCGACGAAGCUGUGGCGAUUUGUCAAAACAUAUUGAAGAAGAUGCAAGAUCGUAUUCAACCAUUGGCUGCUGGGGCGAUUUUAGACCAUGAAGCCGUCUUCGGCCUUACCACCGGUAUUUCUCGGGGAAGGUCAUCCUCAGUGGCUGCUCCACCACAAGCUGCGAAAGCAUCGAUGGACGAGUUGCUCACUGUUCUGUCCAACUUCAAAAGAACUCUCAAUCUCCAUGGCGUUGAUCCUCAACUUCAUAGCCAGUUUUUUAUGCAGUUGUUCUAUUCUUUAUGCGCUCAUUCGCUUAACAUCCUACUUCUGAGAAAAGAAUACUGCCACUGGUCAAAAGGCAUGCAGAUUCGUUACAACCUGUCUAACCUUGAACAGUGGGUCAGGGAAGAAAAGAUCCAGGAUACGAGAGUACUGGAAAUGCUUCAGCCCAUCAUAGAAGCUUCUCAACUCUUGCAGGCGAGAAAGUCGGACGAAGAUGUCGAAAGUGUGGCCAACAUGUGUCCGAACUUGACAGCAAAUCAGAUAAUAAAACUGCUGAACCUUUAUACACCGGUGGAUUCCUAUGAAGAAAAGGUUUCGGAGUCUUUCAUUAGAAAAAUCCAGGAAAGGCUAAAAGAGCGAAAGUCAGUUGAUGGGACACAUCGGGAGAAUAUAUUAAUGAUGGAUGCUCAAAAAUCUUUUCCACUCGAGUUCCCGUUCAACCCUUCAAGCAUCCGCCUGGAGGAUAUUGAAAUCCCCGAUGUGCUGCACCUUCCGAUGUUGAAAAAGUUGUAAUUUUGAGUAAACAGAAAAAAAAUGUAGCUCUUAGCAGAUGGUGAGACUUUUUAUCAUAAUAGUAUCUCACACCGAUAGAGGAUGAAAAAAACGCCUUUUACCACUUAGGUUUCACCAUCAUUUUUCCCCAUAAACCCCCCCAGGAGGAAUUAUAUACCCCCUCCUCCCCUUUCCCAAGAGAGAAAUUUUCUAUUUAUGUAACAAUGUACAAAUUAGCUUGUGUAAAUAUGAAUAAAUUAUUUUAGAGGAGUUAUAGUUAACAAGGAAUUGGAAAUGUUUAUUUUGUUGUCGGUAGUGUUAAGGGUGCCGAUGCAUAAAAUGCAGGCAAUAAACGACUAGUCACAUAAAUAAAGUGGUGGCAAACCAAAAUUAUGGCCUAUAUACUUAUAAGGGGGUAUCGAUCGCCUUACAUUCCAUUAUGGACCCACGCAAAAAAAAAUCAUUUCGAUCGAAAGGGGGGAAAAUAUAUCAAGAUCGAUUGUUCAUUUCAUUCUCAUCUUGGAAUGAUACAAGGGAAUAAAAACAGGAUCUCACAUUUGCGAUCAGUGAAUCCCCGCGGGAGUAUGUACAUAAUGAAACCAAUUACCACUUAAAUAUUUAUUUUUAGAAUUUAGGAACCGUUUCACUUAGAAUUGUGAUAUGUAAGUCAAAUUGCAAGGUCUCAGACCGUUUAGUGCAAUAAUUUAUUUAAUUUAUUCGGCAGAGUACUUUUAAAAUUUAAUGCAAUAAAGCUUCAUCCGUUACAUCGAUGACAAUGGAUUCUUGUCUCAAAAAUUGAAUUAAUAGCAAAUUUAAAAAGUCUACCUUUUCUCAUUAGCAGCAGGGACAAGGUUACUCAUUAGUUUACUUUUUAAUAGUAUUUAAACGCAAUGUAUUGUUAUAAUAUAUAAGUAAAAUAAAACUAUAAUUGUGUAUCUUUUAUGUGAAUGGAAAGGUUUAAUGUUUUUUUUUUGUUUUUUUGUUGUUAAUACGUUCACAUUUUUCCUCUAAUACAAAACAUUCCAAAAUAACAUUCCCAGAGACAACAUGUCUUCUCCAAUUUGCAUAUUCCUUAAUCAUUAGCCAUGGUGUUAAGUGACCAGGAGCA